AUGUCGAACAGAGAAAGCGCGGAGAGUGGAUCAAACAAUCUAAAUGAAUACUCCUCCAAUAUCUGCUCUAGCAUUACAGCCAGCGAUCUAAGCAGUGAACGUAAACUAAUCAGUGCAACAAGCACGUCUUUACCGAUUGCAACCGACGCAUCACAGCAAGGUGAACGAAGUAACAUAUCGGAAGCAGAUAUACAGUCGGUUCUGGGGCGAAAUGAGCAUUCCUUGAUGCAAGUCGACCUAAACAAAAAGAAGGAAGAGAAUAAUGAAUACGAACCGAAUGCGAUCCAUCCAUCAUUGGCAGAAUUUUUUCAGAAUUCUCGAAUUGACGCAUUUGGUUUCAUACGAAGUCCCAACAAUAUAAAUCGUGAAGCUACAGUGAACUUAGAGACGCUACGGAAACGUGAAAAGAAAUGGUUGCAUAUGCUUACAAAUUGGUCUUAUUUCAUGGACAACAAAUAUGAAAAAGUAAGGGAACGUUGCCGCAAAGGUAUACCUGCGUCAUUACGUGGUCGAGCUUGGAAGCACUUAUGCGGUGCUGCAUUCCAUAUGGAAUUUAGCAUAAACAAACACGUUUUUGAGGAAGUGAGUAGUCAGCCGGCUGACCCUCGAUGGAUUGAGGAUAUUAAGAAAGAUUUAAAUCGCCAAUUUCCGGAACAUGUCAUGUUUUCUCGUGCUGGACCUUAUGGAAAAGGAGGGAAAUCAGAUUUAUUCGAAUUACUUAAGGCAUAUACUGUGCUACAUCCUGAAGAAGGUUACUGUCAAGGACAAGCUCCUGUUGCUGCUGUUUUGCUCAUGCAUAUGCCAUUGCGUGAUGCUUUUUACUGUUUUGUACAAAUCUGUCACAAAUAUUUGCCGGGUUACUAUAGUGCCGGCCUUGAGGCAAUACAAAUCGAUGGUGACAUUUUAUUUCAAGUGUUGAAAGACAAAUCACGUUUUAGUUAUAGACAUUUGAAAAAACAUCGCGUUGAACCUGUACUUUAUAUGGUUGAAUGGUUUAUGUGUAUUUUCUGCCGAACUCUUCCGUGGCCGACAGUACUCCGAGUAUGGGAUAUGUUCUUUUGCGAAGGUGUUAAGGUACUGUUCAAGGUAGCAGUGGUUUUGUUUCGUUACGGUCUCCGUACAAAUGACCAGCUAAGAGAAUUUAACGACUUCCAUUCAAUUGUGACACGGCUCAAAAAUCUUCCUGAAAAAAUAAUGACUGAAGAUUUUCUUAUUCAAAAGGUCAUUGAUCUUGAUUUGGAUGACGUUGAACUGGAGAGGAUUCAUUUUAGAAUUAUGAAAACUCGACAGCUACGGCUGAAGCUGAAUUAA